AACAGAGGGAUGUUUUUGGUUCAUUUUAGCCCACCACCCACUAUGAUCACAGCACCGUGUUUCGCGUGAACAGCCCACUCGCUCAUUUCAUUGGUGCCCGCCGUAAGCUGGGAUGGGCACCAUCAUCCUGCAGGAGCAAGUGACACAGCGGUGUCUGCAGAGGAUUUCCAGCAGGGAGAGGGAAUGGAAGAAGGAUUUGUGGAGCAACACCGGCCCUAAUCUGGCCAGCACCAAAAUGGGAAGGCGGCGGUCUCAAAGAAAACCCCCACUGCCGCAGCACACGCUGCCCAAUCAGGAGAAUAACAACGAGAAAAGACUGCAACAAAGAAGAAAGCACAAGUCCAACAACUCCUCUGCCAAAUGUACUACCUCCCAGCACUGUGCUCAGAGAUCCUCAGAGUCAAAGCCUCAUCCAGUGUCCCCCGCAGAGGGCAGGAUGGAGCCAAAGGUGCAGCCAACUGCUAAACGCUGCACCCACAAACAGCACAAGCACACAAGGAGCAGAGAGAGCAGACCCACAGCAGCCUUCCCCCACCACUGCCCGUCUGGUUCCAGCCCUGAGCAGCUGGAGAGACAUUCACCAGAACUGGAGGUCAGAAGUCUGAGCUGCCAUGGAGAAGAUGACAGUGACACUGACUUGUCUGAGUCAGAGAGACUUCCUGUGUCAGUCUGCAGUCGUGUUCCUCCGCAGCUCGAACUCAGGCCAGAGGUCAUUGCGACCGAGGACUGCUGCUCUCGCAGUCACAGAGCCGGUGUGCAGGGCCAUGGAGGUUUUGACUUCCCAGACUUCCUCCCUCCGCCUUUUAAUUCAUGGAGCCUCAGUCAACUGGCUGUUUUCUACAACAUGGAAGGCCGAGGGACCCCACGACCCAGACCUGUGGGCCCUUUAGAAAGGUAUCUGGAGAGGCUGCUUCAGCUGGAGUGGCAUCAGAUCCAGACUGUCCAGGAGGAGAGUGGGAAAUCGGCAGUAUCAGAAGUGAUAUCCAGCUGUCACAGGUCACCUGCUGCUGCCACAUCACGCCUCAGCUCUCCCAAGUGCAUCCUCCAGUGUCAGCGUGCCUUCCCCCUCACUUUCCUCUCCUCCCUGGCCAGUCAUUCCGUUCUCCUCGCUGGCUGCGCCUGCACUCUCUGCCGGAUCCGCUGCUCCCACUGUAGUGCGUCGUGCUGCUGCUCGACUCACAGCCACACCCGCCAGUCUAGACUGAAUCCCAUGCUAGAGCCCAAGUUGCUCCCCAAAAGGAGCUACAGUGAGAGCCGGGUGCACUCCUCAGACAGAGGCUCCCAAGCUCAAAGAUUCAGCAGCCCUGUGAGGACCAACAGCCACCUGAGGAGAAUGCAGGCAUCAGGAAACAUCCGCAACCCUGUCCAAGGUGCUGCCACCAGCCUUCAAUCCACUGCCAGUGAAUGUAAUGAGGUUGUCUGGAAGGGGGAUGUGUUGGACCACAGGAUUGGGUUUAGGAGGAGGAGCGGCUCAGAGCAGAGGAGAGGUGCAGGAGACAGGAAACAGAACGGAUCGGAGAAAAAACGGAGUGGCUCUGAGUGUAGAAAAGGAGGAGCUGAGAGGAGGAGAGUGGCUAACUUCAAAGAACAGGAAAUAAAACCAGAUGCUGUCACUGCAAUAAUAGACAAUUUACCUGGGUCCAAAUAUUCUGCUAUACGGAGGCCAAGCAGGCCCAAACAGGUGGAAUUUGUUACAUAACAGCAGAUUUAGUAUUGAAUGUGUAAUCUGAAUGCUACAUACUGUCACCACUUUAAGGUUUUAUUACGAAUGCAUAGUCAGUCAUUCUUCCUUAUCUGAACAGGUUGACAACAUGGACAACAAGACUGUUCAUUUGUUAUUAUGUGUGAUAUUUGUAUUAUUUUUAAAGUCACAUGAUAGAGUUGAAUCCAGUGCUGUGAUUGCAGUCAGAUAAGCUAAUGUUUACACACUUGAGCAUAUGUAAAAGAGCCUGUGGAUGUUUAUUUAAAAGAAUCCAGGUAGCCUUUGUCAGCAUCAUGUACUGUAUAUAAUUCUAUGA